AUUCCACCUCAGUUCACUUCCUUACAUGUAGUAGCCAAUAAGAUUUGUGCCAGGCCCCUUUUCUCCAGCAGGAGCCAUAAAACCCCUUGGCCCCAGACACAAGGUACCGUUAGGUCCAAGAGCCCCUAGAAGUAAAGAUCCACCUUGCCCAUUAGCAAUCAUGAAAUUCUCUAUCGUCGCUGCCCUUGUUGUUGUGCUGGCCAUUGGCUGUGAGUCCAGUUCCCUGGUGAAGCGUGACAUCCCUGCUGAGAUCGAGACUCUCACCAAGUACUUCCAGGACGCCAUUGAGAAAGUGAAGUCUCAUGAGCUGAUCAGCCAGACUCAGGGUUACCUGGAGGAGGGUAAGACUCAAAUCACGCCUCUGACCGACAAGAUCCAGGAGCAUGCUGAGAAGAUCCAGGAGCAGAUGAAAUCCUUUGUCAGUGACAUUGAGGAGCAAGUGCGUCCCAUGGCUGAUAAACUGCAGGCCCAGUUCAUGCCUCUGGUCGACAAGAUGCAGGCCCAGUUCAAGCCUCUGGCUGAUGACUUGCAGGCCCAGAUGGAGCAGCUCUUCCAGACCGUGGUUGACCAAACCAAGGCUCUCCUCCCCCCCCAGUAAAACUAACGUAACAUCCCCAUAGCUUGGGUUCACUUUUGGUUCAGCCCAGACCAUAGAAAGGAAAAACCAUCUCCCCUCUGUCUGUUUCACCUGCGUCAAGUCUACCUCACUCCUUCUCUUGACAUCACCAAUAAAGGGCUUGAAAGGUGA